UCUAUUCUCAGGCUCUGAUUCAGAAGAGGAUAAGUCAAGUAGAGUCACUCCCAAGGCCACGGGUGCUGGCACGCCCGCGAACGGUCGAAAAUCGGGGAAGCACCGAAACACAACAGACAUGAACAGGGCUACGACUGAUCUUAUCGACAGUGACCAGGAUGAGCUCCGAGUGCCCAAUAAAACGAGCCAAAAGGGCCUACCCACCCCCCAACGUUCAUUGGCACAACCGAUCGCACCGGCCUGGAAGCAAACCACACCACAGCAGAUGAUACGCAUAUAGAUUCAGCAACCCACCCAGCAGCACACAGGGACCAUGCGAAUCACAGUGCCACUAACACACCACUGAAUGGGAGCACGGGUGUGGUAGCAGGUGGCGAUAGGAGUCCCAGCAAGAUAGGCACGCCCGUGAGCCCGCCAAAAAGAUCCAUAUUAGGCUCGCUCAAAACCCUCACUACAUCUCCGGGCCUGAGCACAGCCUCCCAUGCCACACCCACCAAACGCGAACGUAUUAAAGUAGGAACGGUUGCUACGGAGCAGCUAGAAGCAACGGACACAGACAGCGGCAGUGACGCAGAUCCAGACGCGCACGCGCCUGCGAUGCCCACGUGCGCGUUGGCGGUGAGUGUUUCGUCGUGCCUCGUUGAUAUGGAUAGCCUACACACAUUCAUCGGAUGUUUGGUGCAGCACUACAACAACGGAACAGUGGACGCCAAAUCACUUGACAGAUGCCAACCACUCACUGACUUAUCCACGCGAUCUCAAUCCGCCAAGUCCUUCGAUAUCACUAACCCACCAAAGGGAUACUAUGUGGAGCCGAAGGGCUUCGUGAGUCACAUUAUCACGAGAUACCGUACUUCGGCGCUGGAGUCGGCCGUGUUCCGCAUCGCUAUCACCCACAGUGUGCGUGCUCGCCAAAUGGCGCGCAAGCACAUCACCGCAGCGCUUGCGUCGUGUGUGUGGAAUAUCUUAACAGACUUAAAAGAGGCCAUGCGACUCAGCAGUCACAAGAGCUCAUCCGAACGGAUUGCCCAUCCACCCCUCGCCACCAGGCAGAGCUCAUCGUUCGCUAUAAAACACGAGAAGAUGAGGUUAUACCUACCCAUUAAUCUCAGACACACCCAAUGCAUUUCACCCGAUUUCUUUGGCAACGCGGAGAUACAAACCAUGGUCGAACUACCCACAGACAGCCUGCUGUCAGCAUCGCAGCCACAGUGUUCGAUGGAGGAUGUGGCAGAUGCCAUUGAGCUUCAUGCCAUCACGCAACAACAACGCAGUGCUGUGCAGGACGUGUUGGAUUGGCUCCAAGGGGCUGAGCGGAGAGACAAAGGAAUCAUGUUGGACUAUAGGGGUUCCACCGGCGCCAGCUUUCUAACGGUGCAGGUUUCGGACAAGGAUUGGUACAAUGGACUGGAAUUCGGGUCAAGUGGCAUUCCGGUCUUUGCCAGUAUUCCCAGUGGAAAGACCGGGUGGCACGCUCAGACUAUCCGUGCGAACGAAGAAGAAUUCGAUCUGUUUGUUACGCUACCUCGGCCGGCAAUGGAAGUCAUGGUGCAGGAAUGGAGCCAAGCUCUGCUCUCAGAGGCUGAGAAGCAAUCGUCUUAAGUUAUCGACUCUGUAAAGCAAAUUAAUAAACUACGACUAAUAAUUAGUCAAAGUCAAUU